AUGGCUUCUUCUCUCUCGCACAUCAAGCCUUUCUCUUGGGCUGAUAAAAUCAUCUUUUUGUGGCUUUUCAUUGAUUUGAUUGUACAUGGUGUAUUAGAGAGCUCGUUUGUCUAUUUUUCUCUCACCACAACGGUUGCAAAGGCUCAACCACAAUCUGCCAUCGGAAAGAUGUUGCAUUGGGUGUGGCUUGAAUAUGGAACAAAGGCCGAUGCGAAGUGGUUGAUCUUGGAUCCAUGUGUAGUUUCUGUGGAAUUAUUGACUUGUACAGUGGAUACCUUGUUGUGUGCAAUUGUCAUGUAUACUAUGUGGACAAACAAACCAUCAAGACACUUUUGGCAAAUUAUUUUGUGUGUUUGUGAGCUCUAUGGAGACUGGAUGACAUUUGUACCUGCAAUAUUAGAGGGUGCAACAAAUUUGAACAUGGAUCCAUAUUUCUUUUGGCUCUACACUGUUGGAAGUAAUGUUGUCUGGGUUAUUGUGCCAUUAUUGUUGUUGUGUCAAUCGUAUGGUCAUGUGGUGAGUGCUUUCAAGGCAAAACAAAAAGCAGAAUAA